AUGGAGUCUCAAGUGCGUCAGAACUACCACCGUGACUGCGAGGCCGCCGUCAACCGGAUGAUCAACAUGGAGCUUUUCGCUUCCUACAACUACACUUCCAUGGCUUUCCACUUCUCCCGGGAUGACGUGGCCCUGCCAGGCUUCGCCCACUUCUUCAAGGAGAACAGUCAUGAGGAGCGGGAACACGCUGAGAAGCUGCUGUCCUUCCAGAACAAGAGAGGAGGACGCAUCUUCCUCCAGGACAUCAAGAAACCUGAACGUGAUGAGUGGGUCAAUGGGCUGGAUGCCAUGGAGCACGCACUGCAGCUUGAGAAGACCGUCAACCAGGCUCUGCUUGACCUGCACAAGUUGGCCUCAGAACAUGGAGACCCUCAUAUGUGUGACUUCCUGGAGACCCACUACCUGAAUGAGCAGGUGGAGGCCAUCAAGAAGCUGGGUGACUACAUCACCAACCUCAAGCGCUUGGAUCCCGCCAACAACAAGAUGGCGGAGUACCUGUUCGACAAGCACACCCUGGACGGUGGCAAGAGCUAA